AUGCCGGACGCCAAGGAAGAAGCCCAGCAGCGGGCGCAGAUGCACGAGGAGUUGCUCCUGAACCUUGCCCGGUGCCACCCUGACAUUGAGAGCCUCUUGCAAACCUUUUUCGACUUUCUCGAGCGCCGAACUGACUUCUUCCAUGUUAUAGAGUCUCCUGGCGCCUCGCCGGGGUCAGUUUCGUCCGGAGGCGGAGCCCCAAAUAUGGGGUUUCGGGAAGGUCGCGCAGAGGCCAUGGUUCGCCAAGCAUUUGCGAAGGCGCAGAUGGCCUACAGACGACGAGCUCAGCCCCACCUUCUGGAACGCUCAACGCCGUCUUCUUCGCGUGGCGACGCAACGACAACGACGGCGAAAGCUGAUGCGGCGAGACGCUCGGGUACAGGGAAGGGCGAAAAGCUGGUAAAUGCAGCUCCUCGAGGAGUACCGGCACCUGCGGCCGUUUGCCCCACGGCAGAUGCUACGGAGGGCCCUGGAGGAAAGCCGGGAGAGUGGCGGCAGAUGCCGGACUCACGAGGACGAGAAAGGGAAGGGAGUGAGCGGCCGGGAGCGAAGGGAAGUAGAGAGCAAGAGGGAAAUUCUUCCCCGGUUGCCGCUGCAGGCGCAGGCAAGGAGUUGACGACAUGGAAUGGCGGCGUGUGCGACAAUUACCGCUGGACCCAGUCGUUCACUGAUCUCACUCUCCAGUUCCGCCUCGAUAAAAACAAGUACCAUGGGAAAAAGGACGUGUCUGUUUCAAUCACCCCGACCAAAUUGAAAGUCGUCGUGGCCGGCGACGUCCUCUUGGAGGGCGAGUGGGAGGAACCCGUGAACGCUGCAGAAUCUCUGUGGCAAGUGGAAGAUGGCCCAUAUCUCCUUCUCUCGAUCGAGAAGGCGAGAGAGAAUUGGUGGGCCUCCGUCCUCAAAGGGGAGAAGAAGAUCGACACGACAAAGAUUGAGUCGGUCAAGCGCGUUGAGGACUUUGACGCCGCCACGCAGGCCCACAUUCGGAAGAUGAUGUUCGAUCAGCAGCAGAAGUUGCGAGGAGAGAAGACUUCAGACGAACUGCAGAAGGAGGAACUGCUAAGGAAGGCUUGGGACGCCGAGGGUUCUCCGUUUGCAGGCACGCCUUACGAUCCUUCCCUCGUUAAUUUCCAGAGCAGUCUACCCCCAGGGUUCAUGGGUGGUGGGGCGUGA